UACGUUCAGGCAGAUGCUCCUACCAAUAAAACCUUGGCCGGGCUGGUGGUGCAGCUGCUGCAAUUCCAGGAAGAUGCCUUUGGAAAACAUGUCACCAAUCCUGCCUUCACAAAGCUUCCUGCAAAGUGCUUCAUGGAUUUCAAAGCUGGAGGUACAUUAUGUCACAUUCUUGGUGCUGCUUACAAAUAUAAGAAUGAACAGGGCUGGAGGAGGUUUGACCUGCAGAAUCCCUCGCGGAUGGACCGGAACGUGGAGAUGUUCAUGACCAUUGAGAAAACACUGGUGCAGAACAACUGUCUGAGCAGACCAACCAUCUACCUCAUUCCUGACAUGGAGCUGAAGCUGGCCAACAAGCUGAAGGACAUUGUCAAGCGUCACCAGGGAACAGUCACUGAAGAGAAAUCCAAGGCCACCCACCACGUGUAUCCAAGUCCUACCUCAGUGGAUGAUGAUGAGUGGUUGAGACCUGUGAUGAAAAAGGACAAACAGGUGCUGGUGCAUUGGGGCUUUUUCCCAGACAGCCCGUGAGGAGCCCCGAGAGGAGGGACAGGAAAGCUGCAGCCAGCACAAGGAAGAGGAAACACUCCCCUUCUCCACCUCCCACUCCUGUGGAGUCCAGGAAAAAGACAGGGAAGAAAGGGCAAGCAGCUCUCUAUGGCAAGAGGAGGGGGCAGAAGGAGGAGGAUGAGCAGGAGGAUCUCACCAAGGACAUGGAGGAUCCCACCCCAGUGCCCAACAUAGAGGAAGUGGUACUUCCCAAAAAUGUGAACCCAAAGAAGGACAGUGAGAACACGCCCGUCAAAGGAGGAACCGUGGCAGACCUGGAUGAGCAGGAUGAGGAGACAGUGGCGACUGGAGGAAAGGAGGACGAGGACCCCAACAAGGGUGACCAGAGCCGCUCUCUGGACACGGGGGAGGACAAUGUCACCGAGCAGACCAACCACAUCAUCAUCCCCAGCUACGCCUCCUGGUUCGACUACAACUGCAUCCACGUCAUUGAACGUCGAGCGCUUCCAGAAUUCUUCAACGGGAAAAACAAGUCCAAGACUCCAGAAAUAUACCUGGCCUACAGGAACUUCAUGAUCGACACGUACCGGCUGAACCCGCAGGAGUACCUGACCAGCACUGCCUGCAGGAGGAACCUCACCGGGGAUGUCUGUGCUGUCAUGAGGGUCCACGCCUUCCUGGAGCAGUGGGGGCUCAUCAACUACCAGGUGGACCCCGAGAGCCGCCCCAUGGCCAUGGGGCCCCCCCCGACCCCCCACUUCAACGUGCUGGCCGACACCCCCUCGGGGCUGAUGCCGCUGCACAUCCGCACCCCGCAGGUUCCAGCUGCCCAGCAGAUGCUGAGCUUCCCUGAGAAAAACAAGGAGAAGCCAACUGACCUGCAGAACUUUGGCCUUCGCACUGACAUCUACUCCAAAAAGACUCUGGCCAAGAGUAAAGGUGCAAGUGCUGGCAGAGAAUGGACAGAGCAGGAGACACUGCUGCUGUUGGAGGCCCUGGAGAUGUACAAGGACGACUGGAACAAGGUGUCGGAGCACGUGGGCAGCCGCACGCAGGACGAGUGCAUCCUGCACUUCCUGCGCCUGCCCAUCGAGGAUCCCUACCUGGAGAACUCGGACGCCUCCCUGGGCCCCCUGGCCUACCAGCCCGUGCCCUUCAGCCAGUCUGGGAACCCCGUCAUGAGCACCGUGGCCUUCCUGGCCUCCGUGGUGGAUCCGCGCGUGGCCUCGGCCGCCUGCUGGUGGAGACUCAGAUGAAGAAGCUGGAGAUAAAGCUUCGCCACUUUGAGGAGCUGGAAACCAUCAUGGACCGGGAGAAGGAGGCACUGGAGCAGCAGAGGCAGCAGCUGCUGACUGAGAGGCAGAACUUCCACAUGGAGCAGCUCAAGUACGCCGAGCUGAGGGCUCGCCAGCAAAUGGAGCAGCAGCACAGCCAGAACCCCCAGCAGCCCCACCAGCAGCACCCCAGCGGGCCUGGCAUCACCCCCCUGGGGGCACCAGCACACCCAGGGCUGCUGCCCCACCAGCAGCCCCCACCCUACCCCAUGAUGCACCACCAGAUGCCACCUCCUCACCCACCUCAGCCAGGUAAGAGCUGGGAGCAGGGAGGUGCUGCCAGGAGAGGCUGCCCAGGGGGCUGUGGCUGCUCUGGGUUACUGGUUUGUAGUGGUGCCACUGUCACACACAGUUGGCUGCUGCAAAGAUGAGCUUUGCAAAGCUUCGUUAUGGUGCUCCCAUUCCAGAUGUGGGGAGGAGCUGUUUUAUGGAGGGGGAACCCCAAAGAUCAGGACUAGGGGAGUGCCAGCGUGGGAGGCAGUGGGCACCAGCAGCAGAAAUUCCUUCCAGCCACAGGAAAACACUUUUCUCCUUCAGGGACUCACCAGCCCCAGAGCAAUUGUCCAGCAGGGCUGGGAGUCCCCUGCCUGGGACAGUCAGGCUCUAAAGUAAAGUGAAAUAUGAAGCUGCCCCAAGCACUUCCAGGUGUUUUUAGGUUAUUUGUAUUUCCUUAGACUUGUUUUAUAAUGGGUGAUCUGAGCAGAUGCUCCUUCAAAAACAAUCACUCCUCCAGUUCUCCAGUUCGUGGCACACCAAAUGUGCAGAAAUUCAGGGAAAGGACUGGGAGGAGCAGCAGGAGCUCCUUAAGGACCUUCCUUGGCAGGAGACCUGGCUGUGAGGGGUUCCUGGGUCCUGCCUGGGUGGUUUGGUGCCAGGGAGGGUCAGAGGGGUCACCUGGAUGUCUCCAGUGCAGCCUGUGCUGCUGGCAGGGCCCUGUCCUGCUGAGGGGUGGGUACUGCUGAUUCCAGAGCCUGGGCUGAUCAGGUGAGAUGUGAAUUGGCAGCUUUUACUUGCUAAAGGUGAUUGGAAUGAUAAUUUAAAAUCAAGUCAUGGUGCCUGGCAUGUGGGAACCUGGCUGUGGGUCUGGAUACAGCCAAGGAGGAGCUUGACCAAAACCUGCUCCAGAAGAAAACCUGAUCAGUUAUUAGCUAAAAAUAUUUGGGAAGAUUUUUCAUAGGCAGCUGCUGAAGAAGCUGCAAAGUUUGGGUGUCAUAACCCACAUAGAACAUGGCAACAAGAAGCUGCAGGAACUUGAGUUUUCCUCUUGAGACAAAAAGUGUUUGGUUUGGGAGGGAGCAGAAGGGCCCAGGAAAACAGCAGGAUCUGCAGGUGAGCAGGAAAAUGUCUAAUCCAGGGAAGGAUCCAAUCCAAGUGGAUCUGCAGGGUAAUCAGAGUGGGUUCCCUCAGCAGGGACAGAGUUCUGGUGUCUGGUGGGGCUCAGGCUCACUCUGCUUUUAGGGCUCAGGGAGUUCCUGGGUUUACUGUGGGCAAAAAUCCCUGUUUGGGAGCUGGUGUGGUUUUUGCUGGAAUUAGAUUGGGAGUGUGAUAAAACAGGGUGUGGUUUUAGACUCAGAUUGAACACCUGAGUCUGUUGUGGGGUGUGCACAGCUCAGGGCUGUCACAUGAAGGAAUAACCUGGGAAGGGAAAACAAAUGAGAACAGAGGGAAGGAGGGAGCCCUGGCACAUCCACACACUGCUGUCCCUCCCACACUGCAGUGGGGACUGGGACAAGGUUAAAGCAUUUGUUAGUUGGUUAAAGUAUUUGUUCACUGAGAGCUCCCCUGGCUGACACAGCCCCAUGUUACUGCAGCCCCUCACAGCCCUCCAGGCUCUGCAUUCCCAGAGCAGGGACAGGGAAUGGGGUGUGUUCAUGAGCCACAACAUCCCCCUUCCAGGUUUGAUUAAAGCUGCUCAAUAGAGUGACUUUGCAGCAGCACCUCCCCUGGCUGAGGCUCAGCUCUGCUGGCUCCCAGCAGUUCCAGAGCUGGGGUGCCAUCUCAUUCCUGGCCCCCAGGAAUGUUUUCCUGACUCCUCUGACAUUUCUCUGCUUUGAUGCUCUUGUAAAGGGAAGAACUUGAGGCCCACUCUAGGUUUGGAGCAAACCCCCCUGUGUCCCCAGCCAGAGCCCAGCUGGUCUUGCCUAGAAAGCACAGGAAGCUCCUUGCCUUGGGCUCUCCAGAGGAAGUUUGUUAGGAAUUCCUGGGGUUAGGAAAGCCCAGGGGUGCCAAAGCCCUUUGGCUGCACAGCAGAGUUAUUCCAGCUUGGGAGCAUGGAGAGGAAAUGGUGAACUGGUGAACUUCAGCUUGGUCACCCCACACCUGUGCGUUCCCUCAGUGGAUCUGCCCCCAAGUCUCCUGCAGCCUUUGUGGAGAUCCCAAAAUUUGGUGAGUGUGAGGAGAUCAUGGAGUCCUGCAAUGGUUUGGGUUGGACCUUGAAAAUCACCCAGUGCCACCUCUGCCAUGGCAGGGACACCUUCCCUGUGCCAGGUGCUCCAAGCCCUGUCCAGCCUGGCCUUGGGCACUGCCAGGGAUGGGGAGGAGAACCCCCCAAAGCCCUGAGGCUGAUCCAGGGGCACCAUGGAGCUGCUGGGCUGGGAUUACCUGCCAGGUUUCACUGCAGACCUCACCUUGGUGCUCAGUGCUGGCUCCUGAGGUUCUGAGCUCAGCAGGAGCUGCAGGGAUGGUGGGAAGCAAAGGGAGGGAAGGAUCUGAGAUGGCAUUGGAGAGGGAAGGGAGGAGGAUAAAUCCCUGCUCAGGGGCAGAAGCAGUAAAAUCAGGCUCUUACCUAAAAGUUAAAAGUGAGGCUUUUCCCAGAAGUCUGGUUUUUAGCUCAGGUGUCGGUCUGGAUGUGGUGGUGGAGAACAUCUCCAGUGCAGGGUUCUGCUGGACCCAUCUGGAGAACAUCUCCAGUGCUGGACCCAUCUGGAGAACAUCUCCAGCCAAGGGUCACCCACUUCUCCUUGGCAUGGCCGUGUCUGGCUCUGCUGGACCAUAGAAUUCAUUUUCCCUGAGCUUAUUUUGUUCUCCCCUUUGCCCUGGAAUGAAAACUUUUAGAAUAGGAAAACAAAGUUGGGUUCCAAUUUCACUGUGAAAAGCUGCCCCUUGUCAUGGUAAUAGGAAAUCAAAUUCCCAUUUUCUUCCCAUGGUACCAGUUUGGGUACUGCAUUGAUUUCCCUUCAAGCUCUGGGCUGGUGAUCAAUGGGAUGAGAACUCCUGGUUCUGGUGAUACCCAUGGUGUGGAAUGAGAGAAACUUCUGGAAAUCCUUGGAGGAACAGAGAUAGCUGGGAAUUAGUGGCUGUCAUUGUUAACUCUUCCUUCAGGUGGGAUUUUCAGCUGGUAAAUAAUUUCUGACCUAAGGCAGAAAUGGAAUGAGGAGGGCAGGAUACACUUCCCACCACAGCUGGAUGAGCAACUUUGAUAACUUUUCCCUGACAGAUUUUACCUAAUUUUCUGUCAGUGGUUGAAAUAUUCAAAAAAAAAAAGACUUUGUCAGGAAUUUUGGCCUUGGGGUUUUUCAGCUGCUGAGCAUUUCAUUAUUUGUGGGUUUAAAUUGAGUUGCUAGAUGCUGUUUGCUUCCUUAUUGGACUGGUGAUGAUUCCAGGGACUUUCUGGGUACAGAAAAGGAUUUUGAGUUCACUUCCUUUAGGUAAAUAUUCUCUGUCAGCUGUCAGUGCUUCCCAUUUCUCCAUCAGAACUUGCUGGGGAGGGGCAGGGAGCAGUGGGAUGAGAGGAGAUCCAAGUCAGGGGGUGGUGAAAGGGGCUGGAGCUGAUCCUUGCAAGCAGGCUGUAAUUUGGGAUUGGUGCUGUCAGGGUGGUUGGUGACACAGGAACACUGACACCAGUGUAAUUUGGGAUUGGAGCUGUCAGGGUGGUUGGUGACACAGGAACACUGACACCACCUUGGGCUCUGUGCUGCAGUUUGGCUCUUUGGGGCUGGAGUAGUGAACAGAAGCAGUAAAUAGCUGCUACAUUACAGAAUUCCUGGCCUCAAGCAGUCCAUCAGAGUGACCCCAGGACAGCAGCUCCUCUGGAACAGCCAGCACUGCCCUCCCCUGCUCUCCUGAGGGCUGAGCUCUCCUGGGGAUGUUGGGUGCAGGAUCCUUUCUGUGGAAUGGGGACAGCAGCAGCUCCUCAGAGAUGCUCCAGUGUCUCUUAUGUGCCUCCGGAGAGGCUGGGAAUGAUGCCCCAGGGAAUGAGGGGCUGGGAUUGCUGCCCCUGGGAAUGGUGCCCCAAGCAGGGCUGGCUCUGGCUCGGGAGGGCUCUGGAAGGAGAGACAGGGACAGAAAUGUUGGGUGCCAGUGAAGUGGAAACCGUGCCUGUCCUUCCCCAGACGCAGGCUCAGUGAGUUGUUGUGGUUAAUUACUCACACUGCUUGCCUGGGCAGGGGGAGGGAACGGUGGGUUUGCUGUUGGAAUAUCCCUGCCCAUGGCAGGGGUGGGAUGGGAUCAGCUUUAGGGUCCCUUUUAACCCAAACCAUUCCAGACUCCCAGAGCCUGUGGAGCCUGUUCCCCGUGGGCAGGGGCACACCUUGGGGUGCCAGCAGCCGUUCCCUGGAGCUGUUCUGUGCCUGUCCCGUGUCAGGGCUGGCAAGCAGCUCCUCAGCAGGGCAGGGCAGGGUGGCAGCCAGGCUCAGCCCAGAGCUGCUCCCUGCCCUCCCCAGGCCAUCCUGCACCGAGCCCUGGCUGUGCCCACAGCUUUGCCCUGCACAGGCUGGGCAGGGAGAGGUGCUGGAGGAUUUGGAUCAGCUCCAGGCCUCAUGCAUCAAAACAAAACCCCUCUGGCUGCUUAUCAGCCCAGCGCUCCUCAAGUGCUGAUUUAAUAGAGGGGAGAGGCUUUUUAAUGGAGAUAAAUAGCUUGGAGAGCCUCUGAAGGCAGCUCCUGCCCGUGUCCCUGGGCUGUGGAGCUGCUCUGGCUGCAGGGGAAGGGGAACCUGCCCUGCCCCUCUGCGUGAGGGGGUUUCAGUCACUUCAAUCUCGUUGUGUUGAACCUUUGGGCUGGAUCUCUUCCUGCAGCUGCUGCUCCUCAGCUCUCCCCCCUAUGUAGGUCACACUUGCACAUUUUCUGCUUGAGCCGCUGUCUUGGAGCGCUUUCUCUUGGAAAAAAGAAAAACAUCUCUGUGAAGCAGGGCUGUGGCUGUGCUGUGGUGGCAGCAGUGAUUCCCCUGGUUAAUCCCACCAGCGUGGGGUCAGUGCCUGGGUGCUCUCAGCUGGGUGUUUUGGAGCUGGGGUGGGAUGGGCUUGUUCCUCUGCCAGCCCCCUCAGGUAAUUUUGGGAUGAAAAUAUUGCAUCCCUUGUCAGAAAGGGGAAAAAUGGGCAGCCAAAGCCCCACACAGAGGAACCUCUCAGCUUAUACACAACUUCAGCUUGAACCAUUGGGUUUUAAACCUCUAAAGUUUAACGGGGAGAAAAGCUCAGGACACUCCAUGGCCCAGGGAGGAGGGAGCUUCCCUAUGAACAUUGCUGGGACAUUUGGGGUUGAUUUGGGCUGGAAGAGACCUUAAGGAUCAUCCAGGGCCACCCCUGCCAUGGCAGGGACACUCCCACUGUCCCAGGCUGCCCCCAGUGUCCAGCCUGGCCUGGCCUGGGGCACACUUUGCAUUUGUGAGGAAAAGACACUUUAUAAAGUAGAUUUAGUUUCUGUUCAGUGGUGGUUUUAGCUCAGCUGGGGUUGAUGUGCAUAUAAAACGUCUUUGAAUCUUCAUGUCCCUGUGGGUUUGGCAGCCUUUCCCUGAAGUUCUUGCCCACUGCUGGAGUUUCACUGAAGCCACUCAGUGUGCAGUAAAUUCUGAUUCAGCUUCAGGUGUUUCAGGAGAGGGAUUUUAAUAUUAAUCACUUCAUUAGUGAGAGAGACUCUCGCAGGCCUGUGGUGUUCAGGGAUGGCCAAAUUAUUGAGGCUUCUGUCAGGUGGCAGCUCCCAGGCUGGGAAUUCCUCAGUUCCCACCUUUCCUGGGCCUCUCAAACACAGCUGUAUUGUUAUUGUUCCAGUUUUUAUAGUUUUAUUCCCUGAUCAGCAUUAUUUUGCCAGUGAAUGACACCCUCAUAGCUGUGAAUAUCUCCUGCUACAAAGCCUCGGAGUGUUUGGGAGCUUGGAACUGGAUGAUUUCCCCAAUAUCCCAUUGCUCUGGCAGUGAGAAGCCAUUCCCUGCGUCCUGUCCCAUGUCCCAAAUCCCUCUCCAGCUCUCCUGGAGCCCCUUUGGCUCUCAGUGCUUCCCCUUUGCCUGGGGUUAGGGGGCAGGAGCUGCUCCCAUCCCCGUCUCAUUAAAACCCUGUCCCUCCAUGCAAGUGUGAUGAAGGAAAUGGAACUCGAUUGUGCCAAACCACCCCUCAAAUGAGAUUUUAAAGCAUGGGAAACCUGUUCCUUCCCUGGAGCAGGGAGGUCUCCCACAGAGCUGGUUUGUGAGGAAGAGCCUUGAAUCCUGCCUCACAGCAAAGCAGGGAAUCAUGGUAGGGAUUCCUGUGCAGCCCAGUUUUAACUGCAUGAUUUCAGUUCUCCCACCAAAUUUGUCCUUGAGGAGCCUUCAUGGCUGCUCCUUUCCCUCAAGGCUCUUCCUCUGGUGCCUUGUGACUCCAUUUGCUUCCCAGUACCUGCAUUCCAGGGAUGCCCUUCCUGCCUGCAGUGGGUUUUACUGUGCUGUGUCCCACUUGUCCCUUGUGGAGAGCUUCCAGGUGCCCCUGGCCCUGCCUGGGGUGUCUGGGGGUCAGAGGGUGUUUCCUGGGGGGUCAGAAGGCAUUUCCUGGGGGUUUCAUGGGGGAUGA